GGCAACACUGCUUAAUAUAAACGAAUCCAAGUUGUCAUCAAAAUAUUUUGGUGAUCCACUACAACGUAAUAAUAAUGGCUGAAGAAAUUGAUGAAGAUAGGUUUUACCAUGAAGACUUUAGUACAGAAUCUGAUUGGGAAGUUUUUAACGCACAACUUGGUGAGCUAUUUCAGAGAUGGGAACUGUCAUAUGAGCAAUCUGAAACAGAAAUGCAACAAAAUGAACUUUUUCAAUGUCAAUGGACUACACAAAGCGAAAAACUCGAAAUAGAUAAUAAAAAAAUAACUAUUAGUUAUUAUUCUGCAAAUGUGAAUAGAGAAGAAAUUAAAGAUUAUGCCAGCUUUAAUAAGAAAAACGCUAAACCUACAUACCAUAAUGAUCUCCUGUCGACGAGAAAUACCUUUGACUCUGCAUUGAAUGAGCAUAUGGACGAGUGUCAUACCUUAGCACGUUUCUAUGGACUACGGAGCUUCGUUGUAAUCUGUCCACAUACUCAAAGUUCUCCGUAUGUUUUUAACAUGGCAGAAUUUAAUUUCUUAAGCUCAGCAAAUGUUGUUGCAGUUGAAAGUGGUGCUCUAGUUCCGAUUUUUGUACAUGUUUAUAAUCCAAAAUGGAAUUAUUUUAUUGGUACUGGCAUAUCACAAACUUUACGUACAAAUUUCAAUGUUAUUGCAAUCGAUAAAGCUCCUGCUGAAUAUUGUUAUUUAACGGGCAUUUCAAAAUUAUUUAAAGAAAAACUUCCAAAAAACUUUUUACAAAAUAUAUCUGUCGCUGUUAGAAUGACAUAUGCUUUAGCAGACGUAAAAAUUCUUAUUCCAAUGCACAUUCCACCGUUUGCACAUUCAACAACAAAAAGUGACAGUGAGGACUUGGCUUCAAACAUAAAAAAACUUACAACAUGCAACUUCAUUGCGCUACCUUAUGGAUAUUUUCGUAGUUCCGAAACAGAACAAUUUAUUGUUUGUAUUUGGCUUAAUAUAUCUGAUAACAUUAUUAUUGAUUCACCAUAUCACUCUGAUUUUACGGAAUCAAAGGCACCGAAGCGAAUAUUUUAUUCAAAAGCACGAGCUACUUCAUACAUGUCAAGUUGUUUAAAUGAUUAUACGAACUUAAGUUCUGUAACACAAACAUUGGAAUCUAUUAUUGGACAAAACUUUUUUAAUAAUACUGAUAGUAAUCAGACUCGUAAGACUUUUGAAUAUAUGAAAACCUCACAAUCGUACACGAAAAAACUACCUGGUCCUAUUCAUGAAAACGAAUUGCAUCAAAUGGUACUCUAUUUAUUUCCUGAACAUUUAUUUCCAUAUUCGAGUGCAAAGAAUAACAAGAUGCGUCUUAAGUCAGCAGUUCCAGAUUCUCUUGUAUACCGCCUGAGUUGUUUAUUGGCAACUUGUAAUUCUCAUCUUGGUGGUGUUAAUGGCAUGGCUCAAUUGUGGGUUGCAUUUACAAGAAAUUUGCGAAAUUUCUGGGAUAAUUAUUUGGAUAUACCUGGAGUUGGAUCAGGUUUUCCUGACCAUCGCACCUGUUUGUUGCAUCAAAAACUACAAAUGUUAAAUAUUUGUAUAAAGCGAAGAAGAGAAAGAGACUUCCCUAAUGAGAUGAAUAAAAGUACCACGGAAAUGGAAGUUGUGGAAUCGGAUAAUGACGACAAUGAAGAUAAUGAAAAUGACGAAUUCUAUGAUUGCGUUAAUGAAGACUUUGAUAAUGGCAUAAAGUCGGAGACAGGUAAACAAUCAACGAAAGCAGAGGGCAGAUUGAAACGUUUAGGUAAUCUGAAAUUAUUAAAUAAGGAUGAGUAUUUGUAUAUUCCAGUAACACAAGAACCUGUGAUAAAAACAGAAGAUCAAUUAAACAACGAAUCGGAAUUGCUAUUGAAAUUAGAACACGAUUCAGAUACAAAAACACAAAUAAUGUGUCCAUCUUUAUUAUCUGAUAUGGAAGCCUUCAAGGCAGCAAAUCCUAGCGCAGAAAUGGAGGAUUUCAUACGUUGGUACAGUCCAAGAGAUUGGAUUGACACAACUAACGAGUCUGGAGAACCUGUUGGUGAAUUAAGUACGCGUAUGGUUACACCUGGAAACACUUGGUUAACAGUUUGGAAUGAAGCUCAAGCAGUACCUGCAUGCAAACAAAAACGUUUAUUCGAUGAUACAAGUGAAGCAUUGAAAGUACUGCAAUUUCUGGAAUCUUUACAAAUAAGACAGAUUCUUGACUUAACAAUAAUUCCUUUGUUGCAUUCGGCUUUACUGCAAUUGGAAGACAUACUGAAUACAUCUGGAGUUUUACAAAUGUUCAGUGAGAAAACGCUUCUAUUAUUAAACGACUUAGAAUUGCUGUCUCUGGAAACAAUAAGAGAAGAGAACGAAUCUUGCAUCGCAUCUUGUUUAAAAGAUAUUUUAAAUAAGUUCAACGCAUUAGAAGUUGAUUUCUUUAAUUACAAAUGCUUCGAGCAUAAAUAUAGCCCCAACAAUGAUUUAGAAAAAAUAAAGGAGGUUUUCCAAAUAAUACUUAAAAACGGCUGUUGCAGUGCAAUGAAUGAUAUUAAAUUGAAUGAUGGUAGCUCGAAAUUAAUAAGGAAGGAGUAUGUGUUGCGUACAAAAGGAAGUAACGAUUCAGCAGAAUCUGAUGAAAUUGGCCCACAAUAUUUGCGUGCUAUUGUUACUGGUGAAAAAAUGCGAUUAUGUGCAGCUUUCACUGAGAGCACGACAUUUAUAUAAAAUAAUAAAUAACAAAAAGGUUUAUAUUUUUUUAAAUAACUAAAUUAAAUAGCC